UAUAUUGCCCAUCGCCCGCGUGCGUUAGCCCCGCCCCCCGUGGCGCCCCGUCUCACAGAGGCUUGCGAUCCAACCGGCAUUUCGUCCCGAAUAUAACAGCGAGCACGCCACUCCACACAGGCGGAUACUAACUCUGGGGCAUCUUGUGCGUGGCAAGAGCGACCGGCGUACCCAGAGUUGAAAUCGUAGCACUCGGAGCCAAACGAAUCUCGCCUUCCACCCAUCUCGCACGCCCCCCAUCAGCUCGCGAAAAUAUAGGGUACGCAGCUACGAUGAAGCACUUUCAGUUUCUACUGAAAGAGACGGAGACGGACCUCUUUCACACGCUGAGAAGCAUCGAAGAGAAGGGUGCCCCUCCCACAGGGGAUGAAGUCUACAAGCCGGGACAAACGCUAGACCUUUUGGUCUUUGCCGGCGACCGAGAUCUCGGACGACAUUUUGUCGAUGGCAAUAAUCUGAUUUUGGAAUUUGCGAAGAUAGGCGCAGAAAUUCGGGACACCAUACUCAGAGGGGAUUCGGACAAGGAAGCAACUCACGACGUGAAUGGGGAUUCCGCAGACGAGCGCGACUCCGUCCUCGACGCCGAUUGCAACGGCCUCGACGAUGAACCUAUCUCCUGGAAGGAUGUGAGGGAGGAGGUGAUUCCUUCCUACGUGCGAGGCGUCACCUUCGCCAUUGCGGAAGCAGACAUAACGCCAAGUCGACGAAGAGAGUUAGAAGAGCGCUUCCCUGGCGUCGUGAUCUCAUCGACGCCUGUGCCUGCUGAAGUGGGGAAGCCGAAGGGUAUCAAGAGCGCAACGUUCGAGCUUGACCGUACCGACCCGGCGCUGGAGACAAGCAUCAGCAAUCAAUUCCCAUGGGUCACCAUCCGAUCUGACCCGGUCGGAAACACUUCUUCAUCCGAAUCGCUUGUCAGUGCAGCAGCAACAGAGGCCUAUGUCCAAAGCUCAGAUACGGUGUCGAGUCACGCUGAGGGUAGUCCCUUGGCUGCAGAUUUAGCUCCCAAGAGCUCAGGCCCCGUAGUAUGGAGAGAGUCGGUCAACACAUCCAACGAGGCCACUAUCACAUCGCCAGGACCUAUGACAAUCAAACCUAGGACCAUUCUACGCGAGGAUCCCAAUGUACGUUUCGAGUAGUUGUCAGGGCCCUUAAAGGUUGUGUUGGUAGGGGUGCGCCGGGUGUGGCCGUAAAGCCAGUCGUAGGCUGUCCAGAGCAGACCUGGCAACAAGUAAGCGAAACAAGCUCUCGCAGAAAGCUUGUUUGACUUGAUUCUUUGGCUCUGAUUGGCUUGUUUGGUUUGAUCUGUUAGGAAUUUCGCUCCGGCUUGUUUGAUUGGCUUGUUUAUAGCUUGAAAAGCGUAGCGCGUGAAUAAAACGGUCACGUGCCGUCAUCCCCUGAGAAGCUUUUGCGAGGCUUCAGGCCAAGGCGCUUCCAGCUCCGUAGGCCUGCAGGGCGGAGAGCGGAUCAGGCUUCUUACUUAGACGUCGUACUUCAACAACGUCCCCGAGCUCUGAGAACGUCCUCUCACAAUCGGUGGCUGCUGCAGGCAUACAGUGCCAG